CAGAGAAACGGCGUAUUCGUGGAGGUAGGUGCUGGAAGCGGGUCGUUCCUCUCCCUCACAGCCUGGCUGGAGAGCAGAAGGGCGUGGAAGGGCCUUCUUCUGGAGCCUCACCCGGAUGCCUAUGCCUCCCUCAAGAGAACCAGAAAAGCAGCUGCGGCCCAAGUCUGCGUCUCGGACAUGAAUUAUUGCAAGCAGGAGUGGCUCUGGACGCCCCGCACCCCUAUGGAUAUGCCACCGCUUUAUAGAGAGGCUGCACGCGCUAAAUCGGCCCUUCUUCAGUACGUUGCGGAAGAGGACAUCGACGUGGGGACCCUUACGCCCGUGCAGUGUUUCCCCCUCCAGACGCUGGUGUGGGCGGCUCUUGGUAGAAGGGCGCGGGUGCACCUCAUGGUAAUUCACACGAUGGGCGGAGAGUAUAAGAUUCUCAAUACACUCACGUAUAUGGACAUGUUCAUUCUGAUGCUCGUGGUGAAGAUUUCGACCGAAGUGGAAAAGAAGUUCGUCGAGGAAAGCGCACAGACGCUGGGAUUUGUACCUUACACGAACGUCCCUCCUGAAGCAAAAGAUUUCCUGUUUUUCGUUAAUGAAAGGGUCGACCUGGUUCAAGGGAAAGUUUGAAUGAAUACCUUAUCUCAUCACCGUAAAAUCACUACUUACGCUGAGGUUUCAAGAUUAAUAAAAAAAAAAAAAAA